AUGACUGACGGUCGAUUCGUUCAGCUUUUCACUCUAUGUGUGAUGUCACUGGUAACAUGCCAUGCUGAAUCACAGCAACUUGGUAAAGAGAGAAGAGAAACUGUGGAAUGUGGUGGGAAUUUCUACGGAGAGUACGGAAUUAUAAAAUCACCAAACUAUCCAGGAAACUAUGCGAACGAUUUGGAGUGCAAUUAUAGCAUAAGUGUAUCUCAUGAAAAAAAAUUACAGUUGGAAUUUUCCGAUUUUGCAACGGAAUCUGAUUACGACAUGGUCAGUGUCUACGAUGAAUAUGAUAUACUUCUUGGUACAUACUCGGAUACAUAUAUACCAGGUCUGAUGUCGUCGUCCGGCCCAAGCAUGACAGUGUCAUUCACAACUGACUCUUCGGUAGUGAAUCGUGGGUUUAUUGCACGUUACUGGGCAACCGAGAUGUUGUUAUCCACGCCUGCUACUCUGAGUCCACCUCUGCCACUAACACAGUACUGUGACACAAUGGUUCACACUGCUGAUAUCGGUGUAAUUACUUCGCCCAAUUAUCCUGAUGAUUAUCCUAAUGACCAAGACUGCUACUAUCGCAUCACAAUUCGUGAUUAUGAUAAGGUUAUAGAGUUACGAGCCGAUGAGUUUUCCACUGAAGAGAGCUCUGAUUACCUUUACAUAUAUGAUGGUUCUAGCACGUCAGCUUCACCGAUUGCAUCCUACUCUGGAUAUGCACAGGGAUUUCUUGUUUCCUCAUCCGGAAAAUCGAUGACUUUACAUUUCCAUAGUGAUGGCUCAAUGACACGUAAAGGAUUCAGAAUCAGAUAUACUGCAAUGUACAGAGAUGAUGUUUGGGAUUCCUCAUAUAAUUAUGCGGACUCGGACACCGGGGAUAACAAUCAUUCGCCAGGCACCUCAAUGGCAGGCUUCAUUAUCGCGUGCUGCGUGGGAGUUAUCGUGAUUACUAUUGGGAUAAUUGCUGGCUGUGUGACUUACAGAAAACAGACACGUCCUCCCCAUGGCUGCACAACCUCUAUUUAG